GGUCUCCAGAAUGAACACUAAGGUCCUGUUCUUGCUCGGAGUGGUGGCUGUGGCUGCUGCAGAUAAGAGACCGACCUACUCCUACAGCGCCCCACAGGGAUCUUUGGAGGACUCAGUGGAGUAUGAUGAUGCCAAGUACGACUUCAACUGGGCUGUGAAGGACGACGACUCCGGCAACGACUUCGGCCACCAGGAGUCCCGCGACGGAGACAACACUCAGGGAUCGUACUACGUGCAGCUUCCCGACGGCCGACUGCAGAAGGUGACGUACUACGUGGACGGCGACAACGGAUACAUUGCCGACGUGACGUACGAGGGCGAGGCUCGCUAUGACUCGGUGGAGUCUCGCGAAUACGCCCCCCCAAGGCCCGUAUACUCCGCCCCCGAGUCCUACGAGUCAGUUGAGACUCCCGUGUACACCCCACCACGACCCCAGUAUGCCGCCCCCAGGCGCUCUUACGGCUUCCCUCAGUAAGAACAACGAAGGCCGACUACCAAUUACGUCGAACGGAAGGUUACUAUUUAUUUAUG